AUGGAGGAGAUCGAAGAGAAGGGGGUCGAGGAUUCAGUGAAGAAUGGGGGGCUGACUCCGCCUCUGAAGGAAGGUGACACCAGUGUGGAAGAAGAAGAAGAAGAAGACGCUGAUGAUGAUGAUGAUGAUGAAGAAGAAGAAGAAGAAGAAGAAGAAGAAAAAGGGAAAGGGAUCAGAAAAGGGGCGGAGGAAGAGAAUGAGAAGAUCGACAGGCAGAUGAGUGGAGCUUCGCUCUGCCCCACGGAGGGAGACGAAGAGGAUGACAGCGAACAAGGCCAGAGGCUCGAUCUGGGCCCCCAAUUCACCCUGAAGCAGCAGCUAGAGAAGGACAAGGUUUCGCCAUCCUCCACUUUUCAUUCUCUCCUCUUUCCUUCCGUCAAUUCCUUCUGAUUCUUGCGAUUUAGCUCAUCUCCACACACUGUUCUUGAUUCUAGGAGGAUGAAAGCCUGAGGAGAUGGAAGGAACAGCUUCUCGGCGGCCUUGACUUGGACUCUGUUGGCGGUAAUCCCUCUCCCCCCUCUCCAUCAUUAUAAGGCAGAAAUUCUUGAUCAUAUCCGCAAUCCCAUGUCUCCAACCAAUCCAUUCAUGAUGGUUCUUCGAUUUUAUUCCUUGGGGAUCGAAUCGGGCGACAUGAUCUCCACUUCACGAUUCAUCCCGUUCAAUCAUUUCAAGCCAGAUGAAGAAUUUUCUUUUGUUCUUCAACGGAUGAUGUAUUCAUCGAGUGGCUCAGACUCUGUUCUGAAAUUGAUGCUGUAGAACACUUGGAGCCCGAGGUCAAGAUCGAGAGCCUUUCGAUCAUAUCGCCUGGCAGGCCAGAUAUAGUUCUCCCCCUCCCUCUGGCUCCCAACACCAAGGGCCCAUGGUUUACCUUGAAAGAGGGUAGCACUUACAGGCUCAAGUUCUCCUUCUCUGUGAGCAACAACAUCGUUCCUGGGCUCAGAUACUCUAACACGGUGUGGAAGACUGGUAUGAAAGGUGAGCGGAAGUGUACCUCCAUCUCGCCAUGAUUUCCUCGCGAGAAGCCAUUUUAAUGGCUAACCUUAAUCACUGGUGACCAUCAAUUCAGUGGACAGCACGAAGGAAAUGCUUGGAACUUUCAGUCCUCGGGUCGAACCCUACGACUGUGAGAUGCAGAAAGAGACGACACCGUCGGGGAUCUUUGCAAGAGGGUCAUACUCUGCGAGAUCAAAGGUGAGCAACCCAUCAGCCGUGGAUCUGAUGAAUGUGUUCUGAUCUAUGUUCUUCGGCGUUGCUAUUCUUAGUUAUGAAAUAUUUAGUGGUUGUUUAUCCAUUGAAACGAAGUUCUUUUUCAAAAAAAAAAUUAGUAGGAGAUUUCUUUCCUCUUUUAUUUUGUUGGGAACGGUUAUGCUUCAGAGUUGCAGGAAUCAUUUGAUAUGAAGAAGGUAUUUAUAAAUACAUGCCUAAAGUUAAUUUGAAUCAGAAUCUAGAUGCUUUGGGAAGGAUUUACUCAAGACCUAUGGUUUUAAUUUACAGGGUAUUAUCAGAAAUUUUUAAAUUUUCUUGGUUGCUCAAGAAUUCAAUGGAAAAUAGCUUCUUCCAGAGUUGAUGGAAUAAUUUGAAAAUCGAUCGAAUUACACAAUUUUCAAUCUAGCAUCUUUAUAUUAAUAUGCAGAAAUGUCCAUGCAUUCAUAUCAUCUCCUCAUUUCUCUGAUCAGUGUUUACAGAAAUAAUCUACAUCAGCACUAGUAAUCUACAUCUUUUUUCAUUGUUACAGUUCAUCGAUGAUGAUGGGAAAUGCUACCUGGAGAUCAAUUACACCUUCGACAUCCGUAAAGAAUGGCCCCUGACGUCGUCUGGCUCGUAG